CGAUUUUAGGGCCACCAGCGCCACCAUCUCGGCAAGCCCAUUUGACCGCUUUCCUAGAAUCGUUUUGCGACAUCCGGGCGAGUAGAUCACGAGCGCAGUUGUGGAAAGCUAGCGGCUAGAGACGGGCGGUUGGUUCCGGGCGACCAGAGGUGCAUUGUGUUAACAUUCAUUGCUCAUACCAUACUUCAUUUUCGUUGUUCUUCCUUAUCUGAUACCCUUCAUUCUUUCGUCGCCCUCUUUCUGCACCACACCUCCCAAGGGCCCAAGGACAACCGCCAACAUGUCUGCUUCCCUCCCAGGCAGCCGGGCUCUCCCGGAGUCACAGUAUGACCUUAGCACUUACUGGGGGCGUGUCAGGCAUACUAUGGGAAUCACAGAUCCGAGUACCCUCCUCGUCGGUAGCGCCGGCCUCGAACAAGCCAAGAAUGCCCUGGUCGCAUACAAGCAAGGCCAUGUACACUCGAUGACUCCCGAGCUAUGGCGGGCCAAGAAGAUUGUCGACUCGACGCUUCACCCAGACACGGGUGAAGCCGUUUUUCUGCCCUUCCGCAUGUCAUGCUUCGUGCUCUCCAACUUGGUUGUCACAGCAGGCAUGCUGACCCCAGGCCUCGGCAACCGCGGGACAAUAGCCUGGCAAGUGGCCAACCAGUCCCUCAACGUCGCCAUCAACUAUUCCAACUCGAACAAGUCGUCGCCGCUGUCCUGGUCCAAGAUCGCCCAGUCCUACUUCCUCGCCGUGACCGCCUCCUGCUCCGUCGCCGUCGGUCUCAACAGCCUGGUCCCGCGCCUCAAGAGCCUCUCGCCCUCCACCCGCCUCAUCCUCAGCCGCCUGGUGCCCUUCGCCGCGGUCGCCAGCGCCGGCGCCCUCAACGUCUUCCUCAUGCGCGGCGAGGAGAUGCGCACGGGCAUCGACGUGUUCCCGGCCAAGGCCAAGAGCAAGACCGCAGAGAAUCCAAGCCCGGCCGCAGCACUGGAGAAGGCGCCGCAAGCCGACGACGAGAGUAGCGAGGCGAGCCUGGGCAAGAGCAAGAAGGCGGCGACGCUAGCGGUAGCAGAAACAGCCGCCAGCCGCGUGUUCAACAGCUCGCCCAUCAUGGUGCUGCCGCCGCUGCUGCUGGUGCGCCUGCAGCGCGGCGCCUGGCUGCGCAAGAACCCGCGCUGGACCACCCCCGUCAACCUCGGCCUGAUCCUGCUCACCAGCUACGCGGCCCUGCCCCUCGCCCUCGCGGCGUUCCCCCAGCGCCAGCGCCUCAGGGCGGAGAGCUUGGAGGAGGAGUUCCAUGGGAGGGGGGGCGAGGGCGGGUUGGUGGAGUUUAAUAGGGGGAUUUAAGAAGCCAUAUGAUUUGGGGUUGGGGUUGGUCGGGUUGGUGG